UCGACACCACCAUGACUCGGCCGCCGUCCCCGCCAUCGUUCACAGGGCUCCCGCUCUCGCAGCUGCUGCAGUACGCCUCGGACGACAACGGCGCAGGCAGCCACCCGCCCAAAGUAUGGUUCGAACGCGCAUGCUACAACGCCGACAAGGCAAAGUUGGCAGAGCGCAAACAGAGCAAAGAGGACAUGUUCGUCAGCUACAGCAGGGCGUGCCAGUCCUAUAUCAACGUUGCGAUGCACAACGACUGGCCAGAGACCAAGAAAAAGGAUCCUCAGUUGGCCGCCAGAGUCAAGGAUUUCAAGCCGAUGUACGAUUCAUUUGUCGCAAAGGCCAAGGCUUUAAAAGAGGAACUUCGGCAUGCGGAGGCAUCUUCACCCGCUCAGUCCAAACCAGAAUCAUCCAAACCAUCGGUAUCAAGACAACGAUCUGGGCCUGAAAUAACAUCAAUCGGCAACAUCAGAGAUCGAAUGCAGGCACUUGCCGGACACGGAAUGGAGGUUGAGACUAUUCAGUCGAAGCGCUUAAGUAGAGAGGCUCCUGCCAAAGCGCCAAAGCCUGCUGCAUUGAGUAGCGUGACCAACUCUGCGGCAAGGUCUAGGAGUGGCAGCGAGUCGCGACCUUUGUCCACAACAACGACCAAUGGGCGGCAACUCGUGGUCACUGCUUCAUCUAAACCACCACCAACUGCGUCACAAGAGAAAUCACCUCCAUCUGCACCCGUCAACGUACAAGCCAAUGGAUCGUCCAGCAGAUCACGGCGAUCCACUUUGACGAGUGAAGGGCAGGGCAUGAGCGUAUCUGUUGGGUCUGUGGCAGCUUCACCGGCGCAAUCACCGAUGCCCACACCUGCAGCUGGCCCAUACAGAUCGCCCUUACCCUCCAUCCCUUCCUCUCCUCAGCCUCUUCCAGCAUCUCAUCCGCCAUUACCCUCUCCCGAGCCACCACGACCAAAUGUUCCCAUCAACUCGUCCGACAUGGAGUCUCAUCCUGAAGACGGCUUGGCAGAGUUUGAGCGUGCUUUCCCAUCUCUCUCCGAAUUUGGGAAACAAUGGGAUGGCGACUCGUUACAGCCUGACACGAAUAGUAAUGAUAUGUACCACGCCCCGCAGUACCCGAAACCUCCAAAGCAACCGCCUAUCUCUGAAGAAGACGAUAUCCCAGACCUUCCAUCUUUACCUUCCGUUCCGACAUUCAAGCCCGGCCUGCCUCCCCCUCCUGCUCGACCGGACGCAUAUGCAUUCUCACCACCAGCCACUUCCCCGUCUGUUCAAACUCGGGGACAAACUCCCGUCCCCCGCGGGCCAUCACCUCCUAAACCCGAUGUUGGUUCGGGUGUCGGUCUGCAUCGACCGGCUAGUACGCCCAUGCCUAAUAUUGCUGGUUUAGAUCUGAUAGAUAUGCCUGAUGGGGAUGUACCUCAAGGAAAAGCCAUGAACGGUGGUGGAAAAAUGGAAGCUCUAAAUUCCCCUGAGGCUGUAUCUAGGCCUCCCCAAUAUUCUGACGCAACAUCCCGUCCUACUCCAACCACACGGCAUCCUCUUCCCCAACUUCCUUCUCGCCCUCCCACCUCUGAUGCCGUACAGCCUACUCUCAAACCCAAGGAGAAACCAAAGUUUCCUUUUAGUAAUUCUAUCACUCCGGAUGAACUUCGCGAAUACUUUCUCAAUCCUUCAGUGGAGAUGUUGUUCUUGGACAUAAGGCCGGAAGACGAGUGGAAGAAGGGAUAUGUAGGGAGAGAGUAUGAGAAGAGAGGUGCGAGGGUGGAGAUUGUGUGGCUGGAUCCGACAGUCUUGCUUCGUGAAGGUAUGACCGCGAGCAAAUUAGAAGACGCACUUUCCCUUUCCCCCGCUGUUCAACGCGAAGCUUUUCAGAAUCGACACAAAUACGACCUCGUCAUAGUCUACGACACUCGUUCUCCCGUAUGGCCCAAGGACGGUCCUUUAAACCGAAUUUGGGAUAUAUUCUUUAUGGGCCACGACGAGAAGCGUUUGCAGAGAAAUCCCGUCAUUUUGGUAGGAGGUUAUGAAAAGUGGAGAGAGUUUAUCAAGAUGCGAGCGGCUAGGCAUGCACAUACGGCAAAGGGGAAGGAUGUGAGGGAGGGGGUGAAUGGGUAUGCGGUGAUGCGAUCGGAUGUUGUGUCCCCUGCGCCUUCCGAGAUUAGUGUUAAGAAUGCGAACAGGGAAGCACCGGUCUACCAGGCAUCACAGUAUGCGAAGAGUAUCGCUGAAAACUUUGGCGCUGGACCCCAAUCCAUGACGGGAGACUCGUACCGUCCCUCCACACAUUCUCACUCCCAAUCGCAACUCUACACGCCCACAUACAGGCAUCAUCACUCCAGAACGGGCUCAACUUACUCCUCCCACGGCGCUAUUGCCGCUCCUCCACAAGCUUCCAUUCACCCCGGACCAGGUGCCAGACGGCGAAGCGACUACAUUGAACAUACAGGUCAAUCGUACUCUGGCUCAGCCUCGACUUCCCCCUCCAUACAAUCGACUGGCACCACACCUCAACCUCAACAGCAAUACUACGCUUCCCCAUCCCUCCCUGCUUCUAACUCCGUGACACCGUCCAUAUCAUCCAUGGCCUCUCCUCGGGCAUCGAUCGAUUACCCUCAAGCGCACGCAUUGGCAAAGGUACCAGUCCCGAUGCCUCCCCCAGCCGUGGCGAGACCGAUGGAACGACAUGAUGCGUACACCAGCACACAUGUGCAUGCGCAGAGUUUGGUACCGACUUCUUCCGGUUAUGGUCAACUUCCAUCACAAGGGCAAGUGACGAGGAGUCAGGCGAUGAGGCGCAUGGACACUGUGCCUGUUGGUGGGAAGGAUAAAGUGGGGUAUUGGCGGGAUGUGGUGUUGGGUAUUACCGGGUUGAAGAACCUUGGAAAUACUUGUUAUAUGAACUCGACAAUACAGUGUCUCAGUGCGACAUACCCAUUCUCUACGUUUUUCCUUGAUGGAACGUUUGCACGUUCAAUAAACAAAGAAAAUCCCUUGGGGACGAAAGGCGAGUUGGCCAAAGCCUGGGCAGAAUUAUUGAGAGUAUUGUGGAGUGAGAAAUAUGAGUUCUUAUCACCUAUGACUUUCCGGAAACAAAUCACUCACUUUGCUCCCCAAUUCCUCGGUUCUGACCAACAUGACUCUCAAGAAUUCUUGUCAUUCGUCCUUGACGGCUUACAUGAGGACCUUAACCGAGUCAAGCGCAAACCCCCCCCUGUGGAGAUGACUCCCGAAAGAGAGGCGAUGCUGGAGAGCGCCCCACCAGAAGUGGCUUCUGAGAGAGAAUGGGCAAUCUACCGGCAGAGGAAUGAUAGUUUGAUUGUGGAUCUGUUCCAGGGGCAGUAUAGGAAUAGGUUGGAGUGUUUGACCUGUCACAAGACAUCGACAACUUAUGAUGCGUUCAUGUACAUGUCUCUGCCCGUUCCAUCGGGUAAAACAAAGGUGGUUAUACAAGAACUCAUUGACGAAUUCGUCAAGGCCGAAGUGAUGGAAAAGGAGAACGCCUGGUAUUGUCCUCGCUGCAAAACCAACCGUCGUGCUUCCAAGACACUAACCAUCGCUCGUCUUCCACCUGUACUGCUCAUCCAACUCAAACGAUUCACAACGCGAGACGGUCUCUUCUGGGACAAGUCCGAGACACCGGUCAUCUUCCCCAUCAGAGGUUUAGAUCUUACACGGUACUUGCCUGGACCUGCAGGUUCGUCGAUAGGAAGUGGAAGGCAGGUGGGGCCGGAUGGAACGUUUGAUCCAAGGGCUCAAGUGGGGCCGUUCAAGUAUGAUUUGUAUGGUGUAAGUAAUCAUAUGGGGACGCUCAGUUCAGGUCAUUAUACGGCUUUUGUGAAGAGUAAAGAAGGAUGGAAGUAUUGUGAGGAUAGUCAGGUGAUGCCUGCACAGGAGAAGGACGUAAUUUCCCGACCAGCAUAUAUCUUGUUCUAUAAGCGAGUACCUGGAUAGGAGACUUUCUAAUAGGUUUUGCGAUACAAAGUGCAAAGAAAGAGAUGAAAAGGUGGCGGUGGUAUUAAGAUGUCAGAUUAAUUCGUAGACUCCCAAUCCCAAGAAAAACGAGUGUUGUACUAUCAAUUUAUCAAGUUACAAAAUUUUUCAUCCUCCUUGUGCACAAGUUGACAGAACGUAUAUAUAUACUCCAUGCAAG